CGACGGCGGGUUAAACGGAUCCUUUAUUAACACGUGAAUCUAACGUUACACGGUUGUUAAAACAUUAUUUUCCGUUUUCUUUCUUCCUGCGCCUCCGCAAGUCCUGCCGACACACCAUCACCAUCUUCCAUCUCGGUUAACAUGCCGAUGUGUUAAACAUUUUUAUCCACAAUCCACAGUGGUUAAACACAGAUAAGGUUAUUGACAAGAUCGCUGAUAUUCAUAUUUUCAUUUGUAGUAAACAAUAUUCUAAGUCUCCAAGCGGGACUUGGUAAUGCGAAAAAUUGUGAUUGUUAUGAAAUGCGGUAGAGUUUCAGGUUUUGUAUGAAAUUUUUCACAAUUAUGAAUUACAUGGCGAUAUUUAUGAGAAAUGCCGUUUUAAGCUUCAUUUGACGUGCCAGCUUGCCCUUGGCCAUGGUAGCUUACCACUAAACCUCUCAGCUCCCACUAUUUUUUACCAUCCAUGUACUGUAAUUUCCAUCAAAUCUGAGAUUGACUAAUUGCUAAAGCUACUGGAAAUUUUAAUUGUAGGAGCUAUUUAGCUGUAUAAAUGGUAAAGUCGAGCAUUUGAAGUGCAGCGGGGGUCACACGGUUGAAACUGGAGUAAACUGGGGCCAGCAAGGACAUGAUGAACAACAAGCAGCCGCCAUCAUAGGAGCAGAAACCGGCUACGCCUCGCUGAAGAAUGCAUUGGGUUUUGCUCUAAAGUCACGGCUCUAAAUGCCGAAAAAGCUACAGAAAGCGGUUUUUAAAUACAAAUGCCACCAAUUUAUUAACUGUGAGCGAACAUAUAGACAGUUUUUUCCACGCUUCAGCCUGGGUAAACCCCGGAGAAGAUUAUAGGUUUGCAUGGCGGAGCGAGAUCCGUGUUCAGUCGGUGGUGAGGCGCUUCUGUCGAGUGGCGCAUUUGGCUGCAAUGUUCCCAAGCCACCAUUCCCCCUCGUCGGAGACCGAAAGCAGAUCCCCCGUCCGUGGUCAGCUGGUCGCCUACAGCUGCCUGUCCGUCCACGUCCAUUCGCUUCCUCCUUCCGUGGAUCCUCCCCAACCUCCGCUCCCAGAGAAAAGCCUCCAUUGCCGAGCGGACCGGGCGAGAAAAUGGUCGCUCCUGUGCGUCCAGGAUACUUUUUGUUGUGGAAUAAGAACAGUGAAAAUACGCCAAAUUCCGGCUGACAAAAUUUCCUCGACGCAGACUCCUGUUGUUGUAGCUAGUUGUGCUAGUUGAAGCCCUCCGCAGUGUUAUUUGAGAUUUGAAGCCGUCACAAGCAAUAGCCUAUGUCUCACCAUGUAGCGUAAACGUUUAAGGGGCGGUGUAAUGAACAUAAACCAUUAUGUCGAGGCAGAUUUUAAUUCCACGGGUUGGAAACGUCGGAGUUUUAUUUUUUCACGACGUUGACAAAACAGUUUAUUUUUAAAAACGGACCAGUUACAUCUUUUAUGACUUAAAUGUUAAAAACAUUAUUAUAUACGGUGAUUUCGUUAAAAAAAAAAAAAAAAAAAGUUCGAGAUAAAAAACAGUGCAACCACAAAUGAAUGGAGAAAUGGAGACAGCCACCCAAGAUCAAGUGUGGGCACAAGAUGACCUCUUAAAGCUCCUGGAGGCCAUGAAAGUGGCCCUGCCCCAGAAGGACCUGACCAAGUACAAGACGUCAGAAUCCCACCUCGACUGGCAGAAGGUGGCCUUCAACUCCUACACAGCAGAGAUGUGCAAGCAGAAGUGGCAGGAGGUCUCCAAAGAGAUCCGUAAAUUCCGGACGCUAACAGAACUGAUCGUUGAUGCCCAAGACUACAUCAAGAACCCCUACAAGGGCAAGAAAUUAAAGAAACACCCGGAUUUCCCCAAAAAGCCCUUGACUCCAUACUUCCGUUUCUUCAUGGAAAAGAGGGCCAAGUACGCUAAGCUUCAUCCUGAGAUGAGCAACCUUGAUCUAACUAAGAUCCUCUCCAAGAAAUACAGGGAGCUUCCUGACAAAAAGAAGAAAAAAUAUGUUGAAGACUUCUUACGAGACAAAGAAGCGUUUGUGCAAAGCAUGCUGAAGUUCAGGGAAGAGCACCCAGAUCUUGUGGAGAGCAUGACAAAGAAAGGUUCAAACGUACCAGAGAAGCCCAAAACACCGCAACAGCUUUGGUACAACCAUGAAAAGAAGGCCUUCCUCAAAUCACACCCAGAUGCGACCACCAAAGACAUUAAAGAAAGUCUUGGGAAACAAUGGACGCAGCUGUCUGACAAAAAGAGGCUCAAAUGGAUCACAAAGUCCCUGGAGCAGCAGAAGCAGUAUGAGGAGACUAUGCGGGAGUACAUCCAGCAGCACCCAGAGCUGAACAUGACCCAGGGCGAUAUCGUCAAGUCCACUCUGACCAAGGCUGAGAGGCAACUGAAGGACAAGUCCGACGGCCGACCUGACAAACCCCCUCCAAACGGUUACUCGAUGUUCUGCGCGGAGCUGAUGUCGAGUAUGAAAGAUGUACCCAGCACAGAGCGUAUGGUCAUGUGCAGCCAGAGAUGGAAACUGCUGAAACAGUCUGAGAAGGAUAGUUACCAGAAACGCUGUGAACAGAGGAAGAAGGAAUAUGAAAUCGAGAUGAACAGGUUUCUCUGCAGUUUAUCAGAGGAGGAGCAGCAGCGGGUUUUGGCCGAGCAGAAAAUGAUAGGUUUUAAGAAGGGCGGUGGGUCCAGCAGUCCUGCCUCCAAAAAGAAGAGCUCUAAAGCAAAGGCCAGCCCAGAGAAGCCCAAAAGGCCCAUCUCAGCCAUGUUCAUCUUUUCUGAGGAGAAGCGCCCCAAACUGCAACAGGAGCGUCCAGAUCUCUCCGACAGUGAACUCACAAGACUGCUGGCACGCAUGUGGAACGAGUUGUCAGACAAGAAGAAGGAGAAAUAUAAACGCCUGGAGACAGUUCUGAAGGCCGAGUCCAUGAAGAAGGAGAAGGAGGAUCGUAGUCGUCUGCCAGAUCCACCCAAGACUGCACAGGACAUCUGGCAGCAGAGUGUCAUAGGAGACUACCUAGCCAGAUUUAAGAACGACCGUCCAAAAGCACAGAAAGCAAUGGAGGCGACUUGGAACACCAUGGAGAAAAAAGAGAAGAUCAUGUGGAUCAAGAAGGCAGCAGAGGACCAGAAAAGAUAUGAUAGAGACCUGUGCGAGAUGCGUUCACCUGCCACUGCAAUUGCCUCAGGGAAGAAGAUGAAGUUUGAGGGCGAACCCAAGAAACCCCCAUCAAACGGAUAUCAGAAGUUCUCUCAGGAGAUGCUGUCCAAUGGAGAGCUGAACCACCUCCCAAUGAAAGAGCGCAUGACUGAGAUUGGCGGCCGCUGGCAGAGGUUACCGCAGAAGGAGAAGGAUCGCUAUAAGAAGAUAGCCGAGGAGAAGCAGAAACAGUACAAAGUGCAGCUAGAGCAGUGGCUCGCGAGCCUGUCCUCACAAGAGAGAAACACUUACAAGGAAUAUAAUUCACAAAAAAGAAAGAGUACAGCAAAGCCAGGAGGCACCAACGCCAAAGUCAAGGCAAAGUCCAAGAAGUCGGACUCAGAGGACGAGGAAGAUGAUGAUGAGGAUGAGGAUGAGGACGAGGAGGAUGAGCAAGAGAAGGCUUCCUCUGAGGCAGAUACAUCCAGUGAGGAGGAUGACGACGAUGAUGAUAAUGAUGACGAUGAUGAUGACGAUGAUGACGAUGAUGACGAGGACGAGGACGAUGACGAGGCAGAAGAUAAGGAGAACAAGUCCGAGGACAGCAGCAGCGAGUCCAGUUCGGCAGAGACGUCGGACUCCGAUUCAGACUGAAACAGGCCAACCCUGUCCCGAGACAGACUGAGCAGCGCUGAGCUGAGCCAAGAGUCCAGGGAGCUCUGCCACUGUGCCAACCCUGCUCUCCUCCCACCACCAGAGGGAGCCCCUGCAUCGCCUCAUCCAUCUCACACUCACCCACUUUCUGUUGCCCUGUUGGUGAUCUGCUCAUGGAGGGACACUGCCCUUUUGUCCAAAAUCUGUUCCAUUCCCUACCUGCAGCGAUGGUCAUCUCACAGCUCUGGGUGCUGACGUUACGUUGAAGAGAGCAUCCCACUGGUUUGGUGAUGUCAUGGACAUUUCUGCCGUUAAGUUACAGGUCAAUGGGUUAGGAUUUUAAUGCGUAGGGCAAAUAAUUUACCCCCAGUGUUUUAUUUUACUUUGUUUUAUUUUAUUUUAGUAUUAGAAAUAGUUUCAGGAUAGGUCCGCAAUUUUAAGUGUGGGAGUUGUGAACAGGCUUCAUAGAGCCAAAGAACAUAGUAGUACAGUGGAUCACUUUGGGGUGGGGGAUUGCGGGGCACUGAAAAAUUGCACUCUUCAGAAUGUUUCCUUUAGUCUUUCCAGAACGUUGUCGUCUUCUCUAUUUUCAAUUUAUGAUGUAGAUUUUAUCAUUUGGUUCUUAAAGAGGUGGUAUUUUUCAGGAAAAAUCAAGCCAUUAUGAAUGUCUUCUGUUGCUGGAAAAUUUGAAAACUUGCUACUUAACCCAGUUUUUCACCUAAAAGUUGAAACGUAUUGCCUUGGAUCUGUUAAGACAGUUGUUACCUGAUAUGUCUCAUAAUACGUAGAAAUGCAUCAGAUGCAUCUUUUUUCUGGAGACAUUCAGAAGAUCUUUGUUAACGUCUGAAACAGUUCUACUUGAUUCAGUUUUUUCGGAUGCUUCGUCCAGUCCUGUCUAACAGUAAUAAACAAUAUUUAUUGUGGAACUACAGCAGCUUGUCAUCCAAGGGAUAGUGUUUGUUUUCCACAUUCUGAGUAGUUUGCUCAAUCUGAGUAUUUGACCUGUUAAAAUAGGGUUUUAAAAGAAUAUUGAUAUACAUUUUGUGUUUGUUGUUUCUUUGAACCAUUGUUUUACAUUUGAUUUACGGUUGAUCUGAUUAAAUGGUUCAUGGGUUUGUUUUAAUUGUGAGAUUUUGUGUUCUGAUCCAUUUGAAAUCAUAUGUGGAUUUUGAACUUGUGAAUGGCUUCCAUGUUAUUUUUCUAAGUUAGUUUGUUUUGAAAUUUAAAUGGACUUGACUGUAAUCCAUAUGGGUUUUAGUCAGACGCUUAUCCCAAAAAAGUGUGCACUUGAUGUAAAUCUGUCCCUCUGUGUGUGAGCGUGUGUGCGCGCGUGCAUGCAUGCACAUUUCUGUAUAUAUGAGGGUAUGUGUGUUGCUUUGCUUUAAUGUGUGCUGUUUGCUGUAUUGUUGCAUACCAUAUGAUGUGACUGCAGCGUGCGUGUAUGUGCCUGCGUGGAGACAUCACACCAACACCAUGAAUGUAGAUAUUGUUUAAUCUCUUUCUGUUUUUCUUCCAAAGUUCCUCAGUAAUAUUUCUGCUCAGCGCUGUCUUGUUAUUGGUUACCUGGAAACGGAGAAAUGACAAGACUGUUUCACGACUGUCAUUUUUGUGUCUAGAGACAGAUGAGUACAUGGCAACUAUAAUCUGUUAGUAUUGGACUGAUUUUGACCAUUUUGAAUCUCAUCCUUGACUGAAACAAAACCAGCGUGGACUAUUUAUAUAAUUUUGGGGGAGGGAAAUGUGGAAAGUAAUUUGAAACAUUGGUCGGCUACGGGAGUUUGUAAAAGGGAUUCGGGGAUCUGAGUUGCCAAUGGAAUUAGGGGUAAAUACUGUUGUAAUUUUUUUGUAAAUAUUGCUUUUUUUUGUAUUGAGUGGUUAUUGUUUUGUUAGUACUUUAAUUUGGCAAACCCUCAUCAGUGGCUUUUAAGGCCAGUGAGUCCUUUAUUCACAGGAGAGUUUUUGAUUUAAUUCACAUAUUUUAGUUGUUCCUCUCCGUAUGUUGGUUUCUUUGUAGAAAUAUCUAAGAUGGCAAAGCUUUACAAGUUUGUACUGCUGAUGAUUUGACAAAAUUUGAUGUUUUCUAUAGCUGAGGGUGUUCUUAUGUCCUUGCAAUUUAAGUAUUUGGGCAAAUAAAACAUGAUCUUUAACAGUUA